AUGAAGGCAACUGGUGUUUUCCUGCUCCUCUCCCUGGCACUCUGCUGCUACCGAGGAAACGCUGAGACAGAUGGAGCUGCUGGCAAAGGAACAGAGGCAGCUUGUAGCAACUAUGACCUAGGAAAAGGUUGUACAAAGAUCUUUGACCCCGUCUGUGGCACGGACAACCUCCUAUAUGGCAAUGAGUGUCUGCUGUGCUUUCAGAACCUGCAAAGAAACACUAACGUGCGCAUAAAGAACAGGGGAAUGUGCCAAAAGCCCUCUCCACGCUCCAGCUCCGUUCAAAACUAA